UUUUUUUUUUUUUUUACCUGCUUCUUUUCCUUGAGAAAUUAUUUUGUUUUUAGUAUGGUAGAUUGUUAGUGAUUCAGAGAAAUGGAGGAAGAGCAGAGUGAGAGAGGAAUUCAGAGGUUGGUUUUUGCAGUUAAUGGACAGAGGUUUGAGCUAUCCCACGCUGACCCUUCUACUACUUUGCUUGAGUUCUUGCGUUCGGAGACUCCAUUCAAGAGUGUCAAGCUCAGCUGUGGGGAAGGAGGCUGUGGUGCCUGUGUUGUCCUACUGUCCAAGUAUGAUCCUGUCACAGACCAAAUAGAGGAUUUUACCAUCAGUUCAUGCCUCACAUUGCUCUGCAGUCUAAAUGGCUGUUCAAUCACAACAGCUGAGGGGAUCGGGAACAGCAAAGUUGGAUUCCACCCAAUUCAGGAAAGAUUUGCUGGUUUCCAUGCUUCUCAAUGUGGUUUUUGCACGCCUGGGAUGUGUGUUUCUCUAUAUGCUGCUAUUGUUAAUGCUGAAAAGACUCUUCGGCCAGAACCCUCACCUGGAUUCUCCAAGCUGACAGUCUGUGAAGCUGAAAAGGCAAUUGCAGGAAAUCUUUGUCGGUGUACUGGUUACCGAUCCAUUAUUGAUGCUUGUAAAAGUUUUGCAGCUGAUGUUGAUAUGGAGGAUUUGGGGUUAAACUCCUUUUGGAGAAAAGGAGAGAGUAACGAAGUGAAACAGAGUAGAUUACCCUUGUUAAGAUGUCAUAAUGCAAUUUGUAAGUUUCCUGAGUUCUUGAAGGAGGAAAUCAAGGCAGCUGCCUCUGUGGCUUCUGAAGGAAACUGUUGGUAUAGUCCUGUUAGUCUUCAGCAGCUACAGAGCUUGUUGCAACCCAAUGAGGCCAAGAAUGGAACAUCAACAAAAUUUGUUGUUGGUAAUACAGGAAUGGGGUACUAUAAAGAGUUAGAACAAUAUGACAAAUACAUUAAUUUGAAAUAUAUUCCUGAGCUCUCAAUGAUUAGGAAAGAUGAGACAGGAAUAGAAAUUGGAGCAGCUGUGACAAUCACCAAGGCCAUUGAAAUUCUAAGGGAAGAAAACAAAGGUGAAUUUUACCAAGAAGGUAAGAUGGUAUUUAUAAAAAUUGCUGAUCAUAUGGAAAAGAUUGCUUCAGGGUUCAUAAGGAAUUCAGCUAGCAUAGGGGGAAAUCUUGUGAUGGCACAGAGGAAAUCUUUUCCAUCAGAUCUUACUACAGUACUGCUUGCUGUGGGUACAAUGGUGAAUAUAAUGGGUGGUCAGAGACAGGAGAGACUUACGUUGGAGGAGUUCCUUGGGAAACCUCCACUGGAUUCAAGAAGUGUUCUUCUAAGCAUUAGAAUCCCACGCUGGAAUUUAAGUAGAGAUGUUUCUUCCAAAACCAACACUGAGAUACUAUUUGAAACCUAUCGAGCUGCACCACGACCUCUUGGAAAUGCAUUGCCCUAUUUGAAUGCUGCUCUCUUGGCUGAGAUUUUCCCCCGUGAAACUUCUAACAGAAUAAUAAUAACUAGUUGUCGGCUGGCUUUUGGUGCUUAUGGGACCAAACACUCUAUCAGAGCAUGGAAGGUUGAAGAAUUUCUUACUGGAAAGGUGUUAACUAUUGGAAUUCUGUAUGAUGCUAUUAAAUUGCUUGAAACUAUUGUAAUACCUGAAGAUGAUACCUCCUACUCCACUUAUAGGUCAAGUUUGGCUACAGCCUUCCUUUUCAAGUUCUUAAGCCCCUUAAUUGACACCAAUGCUGAAAUUUCUAAUGCUUUGUUGAAUGGAUAUACUAGUUAUCAGUUGCCAAAGAAUUCUAGAACAAAACAGAACUAUGAUCAGUAUGGUGAAAUAAAAUCCCCAACUUUGUUAUCAUCUGCAAAGCAGGUAUUUCAAUUAAGUAAAGAAUAUCAUCCAGUGGGUGAGCCACUAACAAAAUCUGGAGCUGCCAUCCAAGCUUCUGGUGAGGCUGUUUAUGUGGAUGAUAUUCCAUCUCCAAGAAAUUGUCUACAUGGAGCAUUUAUAUAUAGCACAAAGCCUUUGGCACGGGUGAAUGGUAUAAAAUUUAAGCCUGGAUUGGAUGAAGUCUCUGCACUUAUUUCUUUCAAAGACAUUCCUGGAGAGAAUGUAGGUUCAAUGACCAUAUUUGGUACCGAGCCUUUGUUUGCUGAUGAGCUUACUCAGUGUGCUGGUGAACGCAUUGCCUUUGUGGUUGCAGAUACACAAAAGCAUGCGGACAUGGCAGCAAAUGUUGCUGUGGUUGAUUAUGACAUGGAAAAUCUAGAACCACCAAUAUUAUCUGUAGAAGAGGCUGUCAAGAGAUCUAGCUUUUUUGAUGUCCCUCCUUUCCUUAACCCAAAACAGGUUGGUGAUAUAUCAAAGGGAAUGGCUGACGCUGAUAAUAAGAUUCUCUCUGCUGAGAUCCAACUUGGUUCGCAAUACUAUUUCUAUAUGGAGACACAAACUGCACUUGCCGUGCCAGAUGAAGACAACUGCAUGGUAGUAUACAGUUCAAUUCAGUGCCCUGAAUUUGCACAUGUGACUAUAGCCAAAUGCCUUGGUAUUCCUGAACAUAAUGUGCGUGUGAUUACAAGAAGGGUUGGUGGAGGAUUUGGAGGAAAGGCCAUAAAAGCCAUGCCCGUUGCUACUGCAUGUGCUCUUGCUGCUUACAAAUUAGGCCAUCCAGUCAGGAUAUAUCUCAAUCGCAAGACUGACAUGAUAAUGGCUGGAGGAAGGCAUCCAAUGAAAAUAACUUACAGUGUAGGAUUCAAAAAUAAUGGGAAGAUUACAGGCCUACAACUUGAAAUAUUAAUUAAUGCAGGGAUGUCUGCUGAUAUAAGUCCAAUGAUGCCGCAUAAUAUGCUUGGUGCACUUAAAAAGUAUGACUGGGGUGCUUUGUCUUUUGAUAUAAAAAUAUGCAGAACAAACCUGCCGAGUAGAUCAGCAAUGCGUGCCCCUGGUGAGGUACAGGGAUCAUUUAUUGCUGAAGCUGUGAUUGAACAUGUAGCAUCAACCCUUUCCACGGAUGUCGAUUCUGUGAGACAUAUUAAUCUCCACAGCUAUGAAAGCCUUCGUUUAUUCUUUGAGGACAGUUCAGGUGAACCUUUGGAGUAUACAUUACCAACAAUUUGGGAUAAGUUGGCCUUGUCUUCAAGCUUUGAACAAAGGACUAAAAUGAUAAAAGAGUUUAAUAAGCAUAAUAGAUGGGUAAAAAGAGGUAUUUCACGAGUGCCAAUUGUGCAUCAAGUGACGCUGAGACCAACCCCAGGGAAAGUAAGUAUCCUUAGUGAUGGAUCUAUUGUUGUUGAAGUAGGAGGAAUUGAGCUUGGACAGGGGCUCUGGACAAAAGUCAAACAGAUGACAGCAUAUGCUCUUAGCUUGAUUCAAUGUGAUGGAACAGAAGACCUCUUGGAGAAAGUUAGGGUCAUACAGUCUGAUACCUUGAGUUUAAUUCAAGGGGGUUUUACUGCUGGUAGUACUACAUCAGAAUCAAGCUGUGAAGCAGUUAGGCUGUGCUGCAAGAUAUUGGUUGACAGACUCACCCCUCUCAAGGAAAAGUUGGCAGAGCAAAUGGGAGCUGUAAAGUGGGAGACCCUAAUUCUUCAGGCAUAUCUAAAUGCUGUGGACUUGUCAACAAAUACACUAUAUGUACCUGGGUUUUCUUCCAUGGGUUACCUCAACUAUGGUGCUUCAGUGAGUGAGGUGGAGGUAAACCUUCUAACAGGAGAAACCACAAUUUUGCGCACAGAUAUUAUAUAUGACUGUGGCCAGAGCUUAAACCCUGCUGUGGAUUUAGGGCAGAUUGAGGGAGCUUUUGUUCAAGGAAUUGGGUUCUUUAUGUUUGAGGAAUACUCAGAAAAUUCAGACGGAUUAGUGGUUGCAGAAGGCACCUGGACAUACAAGAUCCCCACAGUGGACACCAUACCUAAACAGUUUAAUGUCGAAAUCCUUAGCAGUGGACAUCAUCAAAAGCGCGUGCUAUCAUCCAAAGCUUCUGGUGAACCACCGUUACUUCUGGCGGUGUCAAUUCACUGUGCUACAAGAGCAGCCAUAAAAGAAGCCCGGAAACAACUUCUUUCAUGGUGCGGCCAAGACGGGUCUGAUUCAACAUUCAAGUUGCCGGUACCUGCCACCAUGCCUAUUGUUAAGGAGCUCUGUGGUCUUGAUAGUGUGGAGAGGUUCCUGCAGUGGACAAUGGCCAUAAAGAGUGAGAAUUCUGCAUAAGCUGUAGUGUUUCCACACACAAACAGGGUAGAUUCAGGUUUGUUAGAAACAAGAGAAAAAUCUUAAUUUUUUCAUGAUAAUUAAAACAGGGUAGAUUGAGUAGUUUGUCAUGAUCAUAUGGUCAUGGUGGAAUGGGAACCAUAGUCCAACCUUUCUAGUGACAGUUAAAGUCUUGAACCGACCCGUUUCACACAUCCAUAUAUUUUUCCCUUUCCAUGGUUAGACACUUAGACUUUAAACUUCUAAGCUUUUAUUACAUGGGAUUUAUUUUUCUUCAAUGAUAAAUGUUAUGUUAUAAAAUAAGUGAUACUUG